CGGGACAGACAGUGUCGUAUUCUGGGAGUCAGAAUGUCGCAGCGAGUCGAAGAUCAUUGUUACGUAGAUCUGGAACUGACUCCAGUCCCAGACUCGUGUUUUCCCCCAUGUUCCCUUGUCUGUCCAUCGGCAUCGCACGAUGUUCUCCUGGAAAGUCUUCCCUUGUUCCCCGUCCCACUUGAAAGGCUUAGGCAACAGAGGCAAAGCUUCAAAGAGACCUUGUUUACCCCAGAAUCACAAUUGCGGGGAAGGACGAUUUCCCCAUGAUCAGAAAUACGAGACUCUUCUCGUAGACACGACCCCUUCCCGUCGAAUCACAACCGCGCCUCUUAUUUGGUGGCGUCCGCCACGCCGUGCAACUUGUGAUUCUCUCUCCUCGGACAAGGUAAUGAUCUCCCAAUCACUGUCCCAAUUCUGCCUCUUUAAUCGCUCUUAUCCAAUCAUGCCCGUCAGCCGACAUCCGCGCAGUGUUACAUUUGGUGUAAAUUCACCAGUGACUCCCUGACAGCCGCCCAAAGCUCCAUUCACUGUUGUCAGUCGGCAUAUUUAUUUAAACAAACGUAGACUCCUAUCGCUGGGUGUUUCUUUCACAUGUUUUCUGCUUGACCCGACCUUGAGUCCUACGUCGCUGACCGGGCGUCAACAGCAAUUGUCAUCAUGAAGAAAAUCUACAACGUCUACUUUCUCUGUGGCUUUGCCACUCUAGGCGGUGGUUUGUUUGGUUUUGAUAUCUCAUCCAUGAGUGGUGUCCUGGGUACUGCGGCGUAUACAAACUAUUUCCAAGUGGGUAGCGGUCAAUACAAGCAGGGCAGUAUUACCUGUGCGAUGCCUUUUGGCUCUCUCGUCGGUGCGCUGUGCUCUAGCUUUAUCGCCGAUCGCUUCUCGCGAGUUAGGGCGAUCCAGUUCUCUUCCAUUCUAUGGAUCAUUGGCUCGGUUUUUAUGUGUGCUUCGAAUGGCAUCGCUCUUCUAGUCGUUGGUCGUGUCAUCGCUGGUGGUUGCGUCGGAAUCGCGUCUGCCAUGGUCCCGGUUUAUCAGGCUGAAAUCGCACCAAAGGAAAUUCGAGGACGAGUUAUAUCACUGCAGCAAUGGGCUAUUACAUGGGGUAUCUUGAUUCAGUAUUUCAUUCAAUAUGGAGCGAGCAAUAUCGACGGCGGCCCGAAUAACCCCACGCAGAGUACUGCUGCUUUUCGCAUUCCUUGGGGAAUCCAGAUUGUACCCGGUUUUAUCCUUUUCUUUGGCAUGUUCCUCUUCCCCAAGUCUCCCCGUUGGCUCGCCAGCAAGGACCGUUGGGAGGAGGCUCUCAAUGUGCUUUCGAAGCUGCAUGGUAAAGGAGAUGUCAACCACCCCAAGGUCCUUGCAGAAUACAAGGAAAUCCAAGACGCUCUGGCAUUAGAACGAGAGCAAUCCGCCACUGGCUUCCAGGAGCUUGUCAAGCCACGCAUCUUUAAGCGUGUCAUCUUGGGUAUGAGCUUGCAGAUGUGGUCGCAGCUGUGCGGAAUGAACGUGAUGAUGUACUACAUCGUCUAUAUUAUGCAAAGCACAGGCACUGGAUCGCCCCUGUUGACUGCGUCAAUUCAAUACAUUCUCAACACAGCCUUGACCCUACCUGCCAUUAUCUACCUCGAUAAAUUUGGCCGACGGCCCGCGAUUUUAAUUGGCUUCUUCCUACAGGCUAUUUUCCUUUACAUAGAAGGUGGAUUGCAGGGAGGGUUUGGGGCGCCCAACCCUCAUACCGACCCCAAGCUCGAUGCUAUUUCGUGGACGGUCGCUGACCACCCCGCCGUGGGAAAGGCGAUUAUCGCAUUGUCCUAUCUGUUCGUGUGUUCCUUCGCGACGACCAUCGGCCCGACUUCGUGGACCUAUCCCGCCGAAAUCUAUCCGGCGAAAGUUCGUGCCAAAGCAGUCUCGCUCGCUACCGCCUCGAACUGGGUUUGGAACUGCCUGCUGGCCCUCUUCGUCCCACCACUGCUCUGGUCGAUCAACUGGAAGAUGUACAUGAUUUUCGCUGCCUUCAACACCGCAGCCUUUAUCCACAUGUUCCUAACUGCCCCCGAAACCAAAGGCUACACGCUGGAGGAAAUGGACGAUGUCUUUGACAGCGGACUCCCAGCCUGGCGCAAGCUGGAGAAGCGGAGCCGUAUGGAGGAGCUCGAGCGAGAGAUCAUAGAAGGGAAUCUCAAGAUUGCUCCUGCACACGAUGCGACUGGCGUCUCUGCUACACAUGUCACGCCAGAGAAGCAAGUGUAAUGAGGAACCGGACACUCUGCUUCUGUCAUGAGGAGAGAUGAAAUUGUUUGUCCUACCGUGUCUUACAUUGACGUUCAUAUACCGAACAAUGAGACGCACUUCCAGCUGUUUGUUGAAUGCUUAUCGUGAUUGUGGUAAUGUUUAGUUAGCUUGGUUUUGUGAUACCAAUUACGAGUAGCAAUGCCUUUACACUAUUGAGCCAGGUGUGAUUUCCUUGUAAACAUGCUAUGUUUCGUAGCUUGGUUAGUCUAAUCCCAGCUGUAUUUGGUUAGGGUUCUGUCACUUUCACUAUGUCGUCCCUCGUUUCUGGCGAACAAAUGAAGACUCAUUCGAGUUACCGAAGA